AUGGAGCGGAUUGUUCGACCUCUAUCUCGACAACUGACCAGACAACAACUACGAUAUCCCUUUGCCAUACCUUCGUCUCCUCCAUUUUUGAGAUUAUACAGUAUGGGUCACACAAUACCUCCUCUCAAGGAUAAAUCGCUUUUCAUAGAAAAGUCGUAUGUCAAUGGCGAGUGGGUGGGUGCUGAGUCAGGAAAGACUUUUGAAGUUCAUGAUCCAUCCGAUGGCAAGAUCAUUGGUACUUGCCCAGAGUUCACAGCUUCCGACACAGAGAAAGCCAUCCAAGCUGCUGCCGCCGCAUUCCCUAGUUUCCGCAAAACGCUCGCUCGAGAGCGUGCUCGUAUGUUGCGACGAUGGUAUCAAUUAAUGGUUGAUAAUGCCGAUGACUUGGCAACUCUAAUUACGUGGGAGAACGGCAAACCUUUUGCUGAUGCGAAAGGUGAGGUCAUGUACGCUGCGAGCUUUUUUGAGUGGUUCAGCGAGGAGGCUCCUCGUAUAUACGGUGACACCAUUCCUUCGACUGUUCCUGGCAACCGAAUUAUCACAUUAAGGGAGCCCGUCGGUGUCUGUGGUCUUAUUACUCCCUGGAACUUCCCAGCUGCUAUGAUCACACGAAAAAUUGGACCUGCUUUGGCCGCUGGCUGUACCGUCGUGGCCAAGUCUCCCGGCGAGACACCUUUCACAGCCAAUGCACUGGCCGAGCUGGCUCAUCGCGCUGGUAUCCCCAAAGGCGUUGUAAACAUUGUAACCGCCGACAAAAAUGUGGUCGAGGUUGGAGAAAUCCUCACCACACACCCAGAUGUCCGCAAGGUAUCCUUCACAGGGUCCACAAACGUCGGUAAACUUCUCAUGAAGCAAGCGUCAUCGACUGUUAAGAAAGUUUCUUGGGAGCUCGGUGGGAACGCUCCUUUCAUUGUUUUUGACGAUACUAAAGAUCUUGAUGCUGCUGUCACUGGAGCCAUCGCAUCCAAAUUCCGCAGCUCCGGUCAGACCUGCGUGUGCGCCAACCGUAUUUACGUCCAAAAGGGCAUAUAUGAAGAGUUCGUUGCCAAAUUCACCGAAAAGGUGAAAGGCUUCAAGCUCGGUUCCGGAUUUGACGCCGGUACUACACAUGGACCUGUCAUUCAUUCUCGUGCAGUCGACAAGGUUGAGCAACACGUUCGCGAUGCAGAGUCUAAGGGCGCCAAAGUCAUGGUGGGCGGAAAACGUGCGCCUGAGCUCGGCGAUAAUUUCUAUCACCCCACCGUCUUGGCAUAUAUGACCAAGGAUAUGCAAAUUGCUUCUGAGGAGACAUUCGGUCCUGUCGCGGGUCUCUUCCCAUUUGACACCGAAGAGGACGUUAUCAAACUUGCAAACGCAGCAGAGGUUGGAUUGGCGGCUUAUUUCUUCUCUAGUGAUGUCAAGCGUUGCUUCCGCAUUGCCGAGGCAUUGGAGGUUGGUAUGGUUGGUGUCAACACUGGACUCAUCAGUGACGUUGCUUCACCAUUCGGUGGAGUCAAGCAGAGCGGAUUUGGCCGUGAAGGCAGCAAGUACGGUAUUGAAGAGUUCAUUGUCACAAAGUCUGUUACGUUCGGGGGCAUCACCGAACCAGGCUUGUAA